CUGUCCAGUGUCCACUACACUAAUCACUUCAUGCUACGGCCCGCUAAUUAAUGUUUAAAUAUGUAUUGAUCGGAUCAGAAAGAAUAUUUGUAUGAUCAAAAAAAAAUCUGUUCUCUUCCUCACAGCUUUUCUCUCAGAUCUGUUUGUUCGGGUUUAUUUUUGCUCUCUUGCUUAGUUCUGUUUUUCACUCAACUACAAUUCUUUCUUAAGUUUCUAUGGUUAGAUGAACUUAGACUGUUAUUGUUUUUGGAAAAAUCCGUAGAUCUAUCCGUCUCAAUACUUUGAUAAACUAAAAUCUGUUUCUUUUUCUUAUAAAAUUGCAGAUUUUGUAUCACACAUGGGAUCUAAACCUAGCUCGCUGGCUGAUGAAGUAGCCAUUAUUGUUGAGCAAGUAGACAAGGUUAUGGGGAUGGUUUUUUGGUGCCCCCUCUACUGGGAAUCUAUAGAACUCCUUGCAAAAGAUGAGGUUUCACGAGCCAUAUUUUAUGGACUAACAGAAGGAUGUAAGCUUGAUUAUCUUAAAUACAAGACAAAAGCUUCCAUGGUCCCAGAAAUGACACGGUUUUAUAGUUAAAAGCUUAAAACAUCUAUGUUUUUAUGUUUUUGGAUUUGUUUUUGUGAAAGAUGUUGUGCUUGAGUUUGAUAUUGUCGAAUAUGUUUCAUGUUCAUUGUUUAUAUACGAGUGCUUGUCUACUUGAAUAUGAUGUGUUGUAUGGAUUAUAAACUUGGAUUUGAUUUGGUUUGAAUCUGAUCUCUAUGACGUAGCG